UGUGGGGAGGAGUCGGCCGGCCGGCCGCCUGCUUGUUCCCUCAGGGAGACCCCCUUCCGCGGCUGCUGCACCCCGUCAUGCCCGUGAGGAUGGGGAACGGGCGGCGGCGGCUGUCGGGCUGGAGCGAGGCCCUGGCCAUGCAGCGCUUUCCCUCCUAUGGCCGUCCUUUUGCUCUCUUCCCCUUUUACUGCUUUGUCGUCCGUCCCCUCCCACGAGCCUCCCCAACAUAAUUUGGAUCCUCAGCCCUGCUGGAGACCCGUGGGCUGCUCUGGAGCAUGUAACGGGACGCUGUGUGUCUGAGCAUGCACAGAGUGUAUGUAUGUUUGCCCGACCGGCUUCAACUGACGUGCGCAAACCCUGGCUUCUUCCUGCGCUUUAGCCCCAGAUUGUCUUUACUUAGAAAUGUAUGCACAGCACCCUUCAGCCUGCGGUGGACCUUCAGCGCACUGUAACCAUGUUUUCUAAACUGGCCCAUCGGCAGCCGUUCGGCGUUCUCUGUCGAGGCGUUCAUGCUUCAGUGAGUUCAGCUACGUCAGUUGCAACUAAGAAAACAGUCCAAGGCCCGCCAUCAUCCGACUACAUAUUUGAGCGUGAGGCCAAGUAUGGUGCACAUAACUACCACCCGCUCCCUGUUGCUCUUGAAAAAGGAAAAGGUGUUUAUGUGUGGGAUGUAGAAGGCAGAAAAUACUUCGAUUUCUUAAGUGCUUACAGUGCUGUCAAUCAAGGCCAUUGUCACCCAAAGAUUGUAGCUGCUCUGAAAGCCCAGUGUGACAAACUUACCCUUACCUCAAGAGCGUUUUACAACGAUGUACUUGGCGAAUAUGAAGAGUAUAUCACAAAAAUGUUCAAAUACAACAAAGUGCUUCCAAUGAACACAGGAGUGGAGGCUGGAGAAACAGCGUGUAAACUGGCUCGCAAGUGGGCAUAUACAGUGAAAGGAAUUCCCAAAUACAAGGCAAAGAUACUUUUCGCAGCUGGCAACUUCUGGGGAAGAACGAUGUCUGCUGUCUCAAGUUCUACAGAUCCUUCCAGUUAUGAUGGGUUUGGACCAUUUAUGCCAGGGUUUGAAAUAAUUCCAUACAAUGACUUGCCAGCUCUUGAGCGUGCACUUCAAGAUCCAAAUGUAGCAGCUUUCAUGGUGGAACCAAUUCAAGGGGAAGCUGGUGUCGUUGUUCCUGAUAAAGGUUACCUCACAGGUGUGCGAGAGCUUUGCACAAAGCAUAAUGUUCUCUUUAUCGCUGAUGAAAUUCAGACUGGGUUGGCAAGGACUGGGAAAAUGCUGGCUGUCGAUCAUGAAAAUGUUAGACCAGAUAUGAUCCUGCUCGGAAAGGCCCUGUCUGGAGGUGUUUAUCCCGUAAGUAAUAUUGAAUGAGAAACAGCUGGUUCU